CCCCCUGUCGCCCCUCCCCCGAGAACCGGCCGCAUCCAGACCUUUCCCACUGUGCACCGGAGCCGUGGGAGAAGCGUGCUCGCCCCGGGCCCACUGCGGGGCUGGGCUGGGCUGGACUGAGCGGACCCCGGACACCGCGGGGCCCGGAGUGCGGACAUUUCUGGGUCUGGGUUGAGCGCAUCCAUCCCCGCCGCCUCUCCCCCCACCCCCCCGACUUCCACUACGGUGGUCAUCCCGACCGUGCCAGCUAGCGAAGGGCAGAGCAAGAAGCCGAACCCCGGCGGAACCCGGAGCCCGCCGAUCUGGACUGGACAGAGCCAGUCGCAAACCGUGCGGAGCCUGGGGGAUGCCGGGCGUGGGUUGAGGGGAUCCCGGAGCCCUCUCGGCACACCACCACCACCCCCCCUCCGACUUUGGCUCACGCGGUGGGACUGGCCCGGCAUCGUCUCGGCCACCCGGCGCCCGGGGUCACCUGUGGCCUCUGGGGCUCCGAACCCGCGGGACCCUCGCCAACAUCGCGACCCGGAGCCUGGCCCCAGGUGGUGGGAGAUUUCUUUAUCCUGACCCCCUUCCCCGGAGCGCGGAGGCCCCGCCCCCUCCCACCGCCCAGAUGUCUCGGGCCGAAGCUCGGAGGACCUCCCUGAAGCCAGGGGCCGAAGGAUCCAGAGAAAGAAGCCCGCCCUAGGGAGCCUUGGGGGCCCCCCAACCUCAUCUUGGGGCUUGGCCCCCUGAACGCUGCUUGGAGGAAAGGCCGGUGUCCCCACCCUUGGGGGCUGCCCUCCUCCAGCACAGCUCCCUCUCCAGCGCCGCCCACACCUGGAGCCCCCUUCACAUCUGGAAGACCCUGGCCACCAUCCCUCUGCAGGUGUCAGUUGCAUCCAGAGAACUCUCGGCCUUUGCAGCUACCUAGGAAUUGCGAGGGGCUUGCUGCUGCCUUCCCCCAUCCCAAGGACAUCGCUACCCUUACUCCCUGCAGAGUCAUCCCCCUGCCUCUGCACCCAGGAUUGGGCAGAGAUCAGCUUCCCAUACCACAGGCACUUCAAGUCCUGCAGACUGGUCCUGGGACCCAAGGUCCCUCCCUCUACCCUCUGGUGUCCUCACCUUGACCGCCCCCCCCAGACUGUCUCCCUCUGGGUGCGCCAUCUCCCACCCAGAGGCCAAGUAGGUGGAGUGGCAGGCUGCAGGGACUGGGUGAAGGCCACCCAGGGCCAGGGUGGGCUUGGGGGGGCCGUUAAGAUGUGGAGCUCUGCCCAGCCGAGGGGGGCUCCGAGGAGGCAGACGUGUGCGCCCCGCCGGGGCGAGUAUGGGCAGGCCUGCGGCCACGUGGUGAAGCAUGAACAUUCGGGGCACCCCGGAUCUCGGGCAGCCCAGUGACGACCCCAACAGUGGUGGCGAGCGUGAGCGGAUUCGGCAGCGCAUGAAGAUGGUCAUCGGGCAGCUGGAAGGCAUCUUGCGGGAACUCAAGGAUGUGGCCAAGGAACUAAGGGAGGUGGUGAGUCAGAUUGACAAGCUAACCUCCGACUUUGACUUUGAACUUGAACCGGACGACUGGACCACAGCCACUGUGAGCAGCACCUCCAGCAGCGACAAGGCAGGCGUGGGCGGCCCCUUUGACCUGGGUAACCUGGACUUCAUGACCGCUGAUACCCUCUCGGACAGCUGGGAGUUCUGCUCCUUUCUGGACGUCUCCACCCCCUCGGACUCCGUGGACGGCCCCGAGGCACCGCGGCCAGGCGCCGGUCCCGACUACCGGCUCAUGAACGGUGGCGUGCCCAUUCCCAAUGGGCCGCGAGUGGAGACGCCAGACUCCUCCAGUGAAGAGGCCUUCAGCGCUGGCCCUGCGAAGGGUCAGGCGCCCCAGCGGACCCCAGGGACGCGAGAGAGGGUCCGGUUCAGUGACAAAGUGCUCUACCACGCUCUCUGCUGUGACGAUGAGGAGGGGGUUGGCGAGGAGGAGGCCGAAGAGGAGGAUGCGGGCCUGGCCCUGGAACUGCCUCUAAUGGAGCCCCACACAGGGCCCCUCAAGCCCUCCCCAGCCCCCUACAAGACCAGGCGCUCUCCACUGACCCGCCGCCGCUCGGGUCCCACGUUGGCCCCGGAACAGACUCGAAGGGUCACGAGGAACAGCAGCACCCAGACAGUGUCGGACAAGAGCACACAGACGGUGCUGCCCUACACAGCCACCAGACAGAAAUCCAAGGGGAAGAAUUAAGGGCUGGGGAACACAUAGAGUUAUAAAUAUAAAAAUAUAAAUAUAUAUAUAUAUAUUAUAUAUAUUUAAACAAACACAGUCAUAAUAAAAUUCACAAAUGCUAAGGA